AGAGAGCUGAAGGGGAGGUGGGGAUGGAAGAGUAGUGUGGCCGGCUAGGGGGUUACGGAGGCUCUGGGGAUGAGCCGGAGGCUCUGGGGAUGAGCCGGCAGGAAUCCGCCGCGAGGAGAGCACUCUACUCCUGCAGCUGGGCUUUCUCCCAGUCUCUGUCUUCCCCUGGGGCAGGGGAGGUCAAACAAGCUGUUUGGGUGGGAAAAAGAGAUGGAGGAAGUUACAGAGAUGGGCGGGGCCCAUGGGGGGGGCUGACCAGGAACCCAGCUUCCUGCUCAGUACCCAGGCAUCCAGCCCCCAGCUCGCCCCCACCCCUUCCAGCCCCCAUUCCCCUCAGGAACCCAAGGUUCCGGUCCUCCUCCCAAAUUCCAGCCACCCCUCCCAGUGUCUCUCCCCAAGUCCGGGGAUGGAGGCAGAAAGACCCCAGGAAGAAGAUGGUGAGCAGAGUCUCCCGCAGGAUGAUCAGGACUGGCCCCCUGUGAACGCCACCGCUCGGCCUUGGAGAUCUGCUCCUCCCUCCCCUCCUCCUCCUGGGACCCGACAUACAGCCCUGGGGCCCCGUUCUGGCUCCCUGCUCUCCCUGCAGACUGAGCUACUUCUGGACCUGGUGGCGGAAGCCCAGUCCCGCCGCCUGGAGGAACAGAGGGCCACCUUCCACACCCCCAAGUCCCCCCCAAGCCUAGCCCCAACCCCACCCCGGCUUCUUGAAGACAAAGAACAGCUCUACAGCACCAUCCUCAGUCACCAGUGCCAGCGGAUUGAAGCCCAACGGUCUGACCCGCCCCUUCCCCCCGGGGGGCAGGAGCUCCUGGAGCUGCUGCUGAGAGUUCAGGGUGGAGGUCGAAUGGAGGAGCAGAGAUCCCGGCCCCCUCCACACACCUGCUGAGACCAGAGCUCCCGACCAGUCCCUUCUCUCUCUGGGACUCAAAGCUGGGACACUCCCCGAAGGUCUUCCACCCUGUCUGGCUGGGGUUCCAGAGACUGAAGACCCGGCUAAAAUUGCAGUAUUUACCACCCCACUUUCCCUGGGGACUGGACUUGGGACAAGUCCUCUAACCUUGAAGAUAAACAAGGUAGGGCAGACCCAACUCCCUAGGACAGUUAGGGGUUUCGAUCCCGAGCUGUCAAGGGUGUGAGGGCUGAGGCCCGAGAAAAGGAAGAGUAAGACCAUCCAGCACUAGCACCCAGGCCCAGGCAGAGGGGCCCAGAGGCGGGGAAGCGACCCCGAGCCCCGCCCCACCCUGCUGCUGAGGCCGUCUGAUGUUUUGGUUGUACGAAUAAACGUGAUUCCCCUCUGGA